ACUCCUUUCCUCGGUGCCGAAUGGAACACAACGAUUGUUACGGCGUUCUGUGUCGGGAAAUGACGAAAAACAAGGGACACGUGUAGAAACCCCAAAAUGGGGGACAGCCGGAUGGUUUGGCCAACCGCGCUGUUGACCCUUUUUACCUUCGGAGGGGCCUUUGCCGGAUCGCCAGGUGCUGGAGGAAGUUACUUAGGAGACGUCAACGUUUCAGCUAUUUUGGACUCCUUCAGCGUAAGCUACGAUAAAAGAGUAAGACCGAAUUACGGAGGCCCACCCGUGGAUGUGGGAGUCACUAUGUACGUGCUCAGCAUUAGCUCGCUGUCCGAGGUCCAGAUGGAUUUCACCUUGGACUUUUACUUUCGACAAUUCUGGACCGAUCCUAGAUUGGCAUUCCGGAAAAGGCCCAGCGUCGAGAUCCUUUCCGUAGGAUCAGAAUUCAUCAAAAACAUCUGGGUACCCGAUACCUUCUUCGUUAACGAAAAACAUUCAUCUUUCCACAUGGCGACCACUUCCAAUGAAUUCAUUCGUAUACACCAUUCGGGUUCAAUCACACGAAGUAUCAGACUCACAAUCACAGCAUCAUGUCCUAUGAAUUUACAAUAUUUUCCUAUGGAUCGGCAGCUCUGUCACAUAGAAAUUGAAAGUUUCGGUUACACCAUGAGAGACAUCCGGUAUAAGUGGAACGAAGGUCCUAACUCGGUGGGGGUUUCCAACGAAGUGUCGCUGCCCCAGUUUAAGGUCCUUGGACACAGGCAGAGAGCUAUGGAGAUCAGCCUUACCACAGGAAACUACUCUAGAUUGGCUUGUGAAAUUCAAUUCGUACGAUCAAUGGGUUACUAUCUUAUCCAAAUAUACAUCCCGUCCGGCCUUAUCGUCAUCAUUUCUUGGGUAAGCUUUUGGCUUAAUCGUAACGCGACGCCAGCCAGAGUGGCUCUGGGUGUUACUACCGUGUUAACCAUGACAACACUCAUGUCGUCAACAAAUGCUGCACUACCGAAAAUCUCCUACGUCAAAUCGAUCGACGUCUACCUAGGGACCUGCUUCGUGAUGGUCUUUGCGAGUCUAUUAGAAUAUGCUACAGUAGGUUAUAUGGCGAAACGAAUACAGAUGCGAAAAAAUAGGUUUUUGGCAAUACAAAAAAUAGCGGAACAGAAAAAAUUAAAUGUCGACGGCGGUCCGGAUGAUCAUGCUCCCAAACAAACAGUACGUUUCAAGGUUCACGACCCGAAAGCGCACAGCAAGGGCGGUACGCUCGAAAGCACCGUGAAUGGCGGUAGAGGCGGUGAUCGAGGAGGCGCUGGUCCGGACGAAGAAGCGGGCGCUCCGAUUCCUCAACACAUCAUCCACCCCAAUAAAGAUAUCAACAAAUUAUACGGGAUCACGCCCUCGGAUAUCGAUAAAUAUUCCAGGAUAGUGUUUCCCGUGUGCUUCGUGUGCUUCAAUUUGAUGUACUGGAUCAUAUAUUUGCACAUCUCCGAUGUGGUAGCCGACGAUCUGGUUUUGCUCGAAUCGGAUAAAUAAAUAUUCGGUUUAAACAUAUUUGAAAAUGUGCUUUUGAUAAUUAUUCUCCAGUUUUUAUUAUCGGUGAGAAAAUUACAGGUUUUUGGGAAUACUACCCUAUAAUACUGCACCCACAAGCGAGGCACUGAUUAAAACAAGUCUGGUAUCCAAAAGACCGAAUGUUUGAUGUAUAGUCACCAUUCGAACGGGAUAAGUCCAAAUUAAUGGUUGCGAAUAAGCAAUCAAACCAACGACUGUAGCUUUUAUUUAAACAGGUUUAAAGGAUCCAAAAGAAAGACCAAAUGUUUGAGAUAUAAGCUUGGAUAGAACCUUUUAAAUCAACCAAUAUGUUCAUGGUUACAAGCAAGCAAUUAAACCUGCUAGUGGAGCUCUAAUCUAAGCAUUUAAGGAGGGAAUAAUCAAAUUUUUGAAGGAUACAAAAGAUCAAAAAGACAUUAACUUGGUCAAAGCCUUUUAAAUCAAACAGUCAGUUCAUGUAUAGCCCCCAGUCGAACGGGAUAAGUCCAAAUUAAUGGUUGCGAAUAAGCAAUCAAACCAACGACUGUAGCUUUUAUUUAAACAGGUUUAAAGGAUCCAAAAGAAAGACCAAAUGUUUGAGACAUAAGCUUGGAUAGAACCUUUUAAAUCAACCAAUAUGUUCAUGGUUACAAGCAAGCAAUUAAACCUGCUAGUGGAGCUCUAAUCUAAGCAUUUAAGGAGGGAAUAAUCAAAUUUUUGAAGGAUACAAAAGAUCAAAAAGACAUUAACUUGGUCAAAGCCUUUUAAAUCAAACAGUCAGUUCAUGUAUAGCCGCCAGUCGAACGGGAUAAGUCCAAAUUAAUGGUUGCGAAUAAGCAAUCAAACCAACGACUGUAGCUUUUAUUUAAACAGGUUUAAAGGAUCCAAAAGAAAGACCAAAUGUUUGAGACAUAAGCUUGGAUAGAACCUUUUAAAUCAACCAAUAUGUUCAUGGUUACAAGCAAGCAAUUAAACCUGCUAGUGGAGCUCUAAUCUAAGCAUUUAAGGAGGGAAUAAUCAAAUUUUUGAAGGAUACAAAAGAUCAAAAAGACAUUAACUUGGUCAAAGCAUUUUAAAUCAAACAGUCAGUUCAUGUAUAGCCGCCAGUCGAACGGGAUAAGUCCAAAUUAAUGGUUGCGAAUAAGCAAUCAAACCAACGACUGUAGCUUUUAUUUAAACAGGUUUAAAGGAUCCAAAAGAAAGACCAAAUGUUUGAGAUAUAAGCUUGGAUAGAACCUUUUAAAUCAACCAAUAUGUUCAUGGUUACAAGCAAGCAAUUAAACCUGCUAGUGGAGCUCUAAUCUAAGCAUUUAAGGAGGGAAUAAUCAAAUUUUUGAAGGAUACAAAAGAUCAAAAAGACAUUAACUUGGUCAAAGCAUUUUAAAUCAAACAGUCAGUUCAUGUAUAGCCCCCAGUCGAACGGGAUAAGUCCAAAUUAAUGGUUGCGAAUAAGCAAUCAAACCAACGACUGUAGCUUUUAUUUAAACAGGUUUAAAGGAUCCAAAAGAAAGACCAAAUGUUUGAGAUAUAAGCUUGGAUAGAACCUUUUAAAUCAAGCAAUAUGUUGAUGCAAUCGAGCUGGUCAUAAUCUGUAUCUGUAUCUGCUAUGUCAUGAAUAAAAUUUGAUAGAAUGCAGGAAUGUUUCUUGGUGGCUAUUAGACAGUCUAAUAACCCAAGAGACCUUCAAGCAAUGGACAAGUAUUUCCAAGAAACUAUAAUUGAAAAGCAAGGAUCGUCUAAGCUAAAAAAAAAUCAUUUCUGCCAUCUUAUCUCUCAAAAACUGCACUGAUAUGAAUAAAAAUUAAUAUAGAUAACGUUUAACUGUAAUAUCUAGAUUAUAUUCAAUUAACUAAAGCAAAAUGAUACUGCACAAUGCUUUUAAAUUAAAAUCAAACUAAAAACAAGUUGAUACAAAUCUGGAGGUAUUUGCGAAAUUUCUAUUUCGAACGAAAACAUGUUUCAAAUGCAUUUUUGGGUUUUACGUUGAUAUUAGUCAACUUUACCUAACCAAUUAAACGUGAUAUGUAAGUUUGAAAUUCAAAAUUCACAUAUACUUAACUGAAGAUAAUAUCUAAAGCACAUUUUACGAAAAUCGUGGCGAUCCAAUCAGUGACAAACUAAAAAUUGAACGAUAAUCGUAUUUUUUAUUAACUGAGCCUCGUAGAUUAGUGUUGAAAUACUCAUCAAUUAAUGAAUACACCACGUAUAAAGUCCCUUUCACUAUUUCAAAAACUUGGUGAUGUGAAAUUAUUCUCAAAUAAUUAUUUUUUAAUAAUUUCAUUUUUUUAUUUUAAUCCGUAUUUGAUUUUACAAUUUUUUAGUGCUUUUUCGAUCUAACAAUUACAGGAAAAUGAAAAGUAGUUUUGAAAUUGUGCGAGAAAGCACUGAAACUUAUCACUUCAUAUUUUAUUCAAUAAAAUUGACCUCAAAAUAUAUUAUAACGUCAUGAAUUCAUAAUAAAAAAUUAGUUUUAAUUGAUAUUGAAGGUUUUUGGACAGUGAAAAUGCUGCAAUUGUAACCCAAACUUAUCGAAACAAAGAUAAAGAAAUACAAGGAAAAGAAGUAUAAGGAAAAUAGAAAAAUAACCAGAGAUAACGAAAGAAAUAUAUGGAAACAUAAGAUAACAUAAGAAAGUUCAAUUAGAAAGAAAAGUUUAGGAUGAAAAUGGGGUAAAACAAGGAUAUAGUCUUAGUCCUUUUCUAUUCAUACUUUUCAUGGAUAAAAUAAAAGAAAAGAAAGAAAAAAUAGACGGAUUAGUAUAUGCAGACGAUAUAGUAAUCGUAGAAGAUACAGUUAAUAUAAUGGAAAACAAAGUAAACACGUGGAUAAAGAAAAUAGAAGACCUGAGACCUGAGACUGAGUCAUAUCAAUAGAAAACGAAAAAAUAAUGGGUAAUAAGCAAAAAGAUGCAGAAUAGAAUAGUAGAAGAGUAGAUGAAACUAAAGGAAAUAACAAGGAAAACGACGACGGAUAUUGAAAUAUGUAAACUUAUCUUUUGAAUAACGACAUACGUUUUUGUGGAUGCUUCUUUAUAAAGAGAUAGCGAGAAAUUAGUUUUCAAAACAGAAAUAACAAAAUUCGUGUUUGUUAGUUUCAAGAAUUGAGGAAAAUAAGAUUUGAAAAGGAAGAGACGGUUGUCGUUUAUCAAUAUAUGAAAUAAAAUAUAAAAAUGAGUUUUUGAUCCCGUAACUUGGUGAAACAUUUACAAAAAAACGAAUAUUUUGAAGGUUGAUUCUAUUGAAAAAAAAAUCGAUUUAGUUUUAUGUUUUACGGAAAUAUUAUAUCGCUCAGUCGGCUGUGCAAUUUCUGUGCUAUUUUUGGAAAUCGUGAAAUUACCGCGAAAAAAAAUUGAAGAACUGAGCAUUCUUCAAUUAGGGCUUCUAUUUCACCAAGAUGAGUCGUUGUAAAUAGUUUUCAGGUUUUUUUCGAUCCGGAGAAAAAAAUUAAUCAACUUUAACGAUUUCUAAUCGAGCGGUACGUUAUAAAAAAAACCAAGAGAUAAUCAGGGUAAAAAAUUUCACGAAUUACAGAAUAGAGAAUUAAUUUAACGAACUACGGAACUAUUUGUCUGGUAUACCAAAGUUGAAAUAUAAAAUUGGGAGCGAUAUUUUGCGCAAAAUGUGAAUUUUCAAAAUCGGCAGCUUAAUCGAUGACUUCUAAAGUCUAUAUUUAGAAUAGGCUUUAUUAAAAUUCAAUUUACUCGGUAUAUUUUCAUUAAUUUUUUUCUCUGUGAUCUUUACCUCAUACCACGACACACACAUUUAUAUACAAGGUGUUCACAUAAUACCUGUCCGAAAUCAAUUUCAAAUUAACCGUUUUUCUUUAUAAACAGGACUGUAUUUAUUGUAUUUGUGAACACCUUCGUUAAUAUUUCAAGACGAAUAUCAUAAAUUAUUUUUGUUUAAUUUAAUAAUGUUUAAAUAUUUAUUUGUUGUUACGUUCUACUCGCUGGUAGUCUAGAUUCGGUUAGAUAUAGUUUAAAAAAAUAUUAAUGAAAGUCGAGGUUAAAUACCGGAUUUUCUGUAUUUUAUAUAACUUUACAGUAUUUUUAUUAACAUGGUCUCUAAUAUAUCAAAAAUUUUUAUAGCAAUUAAAAAAAAUGUAAAAAAUGCUUAAAAUAUUGCAAUGUGUCAACGUUGCAAAAAAUGAUUCGUAGUAGGGAGUAGAAAAAAAGUAUCUGUGAUAGGUCGAAACGUGUUUUUAGUUAUUAAUAUUAAUAAUCAAGGAUACACAAAGUGAUUUUCAUUUGAAAAAGUCUAAAAUUGAUAAAAAAUUCAAACUUUACAUAAUAAUAUAUACUAAAAUACCUCAAAAAUGUAAUUACGUCUGUUAUAAAUCUAAUUUUCGAUUCGCACUUAUAUUGAUCAGAAAAUAUCGAUCGAUAAAACUUAAUUACAGAUUUUACAAUAAUUUUAGAGAUACUUUAUCCAAUACAAAAACUAGGAAACAUGCUCGAAAAGUAUUGAUUCCUAGUUAUCACACAAUCAAUCUCUGCAGGGGUUGUUUUAGGAUAAUUAUCACCUUCCUGUCAUAUUCAAGAACACUGUAUUCAAAAAUAAAUAGAAAACAUCCUCGAGACUUGAAAUUUAUCCAAAAAUAAUCAAAGUCAGUUGGUCAGAACAGUAACUAGUAAAGUAUGAAAUCUUACCUGUAUGAAAGCAUCAUCAUGCACUGUUUGGAUAAGUCCAUUUCUGGAUAAAAAUUAUGCAUAUAAAGUAUUUCAACUAUUUCCGGUUUCAUUGGAAAAUUGGUUUCCACUAAAUAUUAGGACAACUACGUCAUCUUGAUUUUUAAAAACGCAUAAAUUAAAACUACUGCUUUUUCCAUAUUCCAUAUUCCAUGUAAGAUUGUGUUAAACACUAUAGUUGCUUUAGCGGUGGCUUAUUACAAUUUAUUCUUAAACAACUCUUAAAAAAACUCAAUAUUGAACCUGGUAACUUCACCUUCCAAUAAAAUCCAAUAGAUUUGCCCUAGAGUAAAGGAUUUGCCAGAAAAAAAAUUCAAAAUAAAUAAAGUAGUACAAUAUAUUAAAUAAUAUUAAAACUUAUUAUUUUGUGAUUCUCAAAAAGUUAUACGACUUACUAGAAAAUUUAAAUAUCAAUAAACAAAGAACAGUAAGAUUAAAAUCUUGAAAUUAAGACAAACUGAGACGAGGUUAAAGGUUAAAUUACUUUGUGAUUCUAUUUAAGAUAAUUAAAAACUUGGUGGUUAAUGAAAACUAAAUUAUAAAAUAGGAAUAACAAAGAUUUUUGUAGUUGAACUGAAAGGAUUAUAUAUUAUCAGAACUUCCGGUCUGCAACAUUAAAAAUACUCAUUCUGUACUGACAUACUUGCCAAACACAUCGAAAAUCAAACGGUACAAAUUGAAGUUUUUAUUAGAAAUGACGUACUGUAUAAAAUAACUGUCAUUGUAGUGGAUACGUAAAGGCUUCAAUUAGAAAAUACAUACAGGAUGUCCGAAACGAAAGUUCCACAUAUUCACGUAAUCUAAAUAUAUUAGUUGGAAUUUUUGCUACAAUAUAAUAUAAAAAAAUUAUAGUCGUGCCUAGUGGGACAUACCUAUAUAUUCAAAAAACAUCUUGUAUAUAUUAUUAUCGUAAACGGUGUUGCAAAUAUGUUUCACUACAAACGUGAGAUACUGUUUUAUAAUCACCCUUGUACAUAAUGGCGUUUUAUACCUAUUCCACGCGCACAGCCCAGCUAUAUAGGUUAGGUAGCACGUAUAUCGACACUUAUUCCAUAUAGUAGAGAUCUUGAUUCAGUUAUAUUUGAACUACCCAAUACUCUAUCAAAAGUGAUUUAUCUAUGUUAGUGUACAGUGCUGUACUUACCAAUUGAUGGCUUUUAAUAUGAAUUUCAUUAUUUGUAUCCUCUUGAAUUUUUUUGUAAUAAAUAGAUCCUGAUAGAUAAACACUGUAUCAAGAUCUCUACAACUUACAAAAACCUGUCAUAUUUGGUAUAGAAAUUUUGAUAUAUUUUUAAAUAGAAGCCUAUAUUUUGAUACGUUUUAUGGAUUUCUUUGAUUAAAGUUGAAUUUAUUGACUAAAAAAAAUAUGGAAAUAAAGCUCUAAUUAAUAGAUGCAAUUUUUGAUUGAAAACAAAAUACCAGAAAUAAAACAAAAUAAAUGCGAAGACGAGAAGUUUUAACCCAAAAAGAAUCUAAAAUGAAGCUGGAUACAUGUCAAGACGUUGGUAAUAAACUUAUUCGAUGUACUAAGAAGAACUUGUACAGACAAAUAGGACAGAUGCCAGAUUCAAAGACACACUUCAAUAAUAAACUAUCACUAAUUUUCUCGCAUAACCUCAAAAUUUCCGCCUUUGUUUUUCCAUAUACAUAUUUUUGUAAAAAAAAUUAAAUUGUUUAUUAGUAUCAUGAUUACUAAUUAAAUAUCAAAACUUCUGUACCAAUAUUACGUAUUACAUUCCAGUUAUACAGUCUUUUUAUGAAUAACUAAGCCAUUGAUGUAUGGUAUCAAAAGAAACUCGGUAACAACAUGGUGAAAAUUGGUAGUAAUACUCGUGUAUACAAUGCUGCCAGCGUUCUGAUAAUUCCAAGAAACUAUGGUAAUUUGUAACAUGAGCAUACAUAACUAUGAAUUUUAACUAACUGGUUGUUACUGAAUUUUUUGCGCAGAACAAUAAUAAUUACCUACAUCGUAUGAAUAUUCAUGUAACGCACUGUAUAUAUUCCCCAGAAAAAUAUAUGCAAACCGUUUGAGAAAAAAAAAACGGUAAAACGAAAUUCUAAAAAUGUAUUAUAAAAAUAUUAUUGUAAUAAAAUUAUAUAUAUACAAAAAUAGGUAGUACACGCGCUCGUAGCCAAAAUAAAAAAAAAGAAAUACCUAGAAACACUGUAAAUAUAAUAAAUUAGCGCCACAGAAUUAUUAAUAAUUAAUUCGCAUUAAGACAAUUUGUGAGUGCGUCUGACCAAGACAGGCUGGAAACGAGCGAAUUAAGAAUCGUUAAAUCUUUUUUACAUAACUAAACAUUCCAUUACAAUAUCUGGAUUUAUAUCGUUUGAUUUGUUUCAAAAAGUAACUUCAAACAAGAAAAUAAAAUGCUUGGCAACAUUGCAAGUAACAGAUAUUACCUCAUAACCAGAGACGUACUAAAUAUUAUUUUAUGAUAAUAAAAUUUUUUAGUUUCUUAAAAUUUUUUGAAUAAGUCAAAUAUUUGCUAAUAAACCAUUCACUACUUUCCAGAUAAAUGUAUUUUCCAAAGUUUCCCAUAAUAUUCACUAUGUGAAUCCAAAAAAAAAUAAAAACUCAGUUUUGUAAGAAGGAUUUUAAGAUAUGACGCGCUCCCGAAAAAAAAAACUUUCCCUAGUUUGUACACCGUACCGUCACUCCAGUGUUUAAUAUUUUUAGGCACUUAGCACAGAGCAAGAUUCUGGAGCAAUAUACAGAGUAAAUCAUAAAAAACCUUCCUUCUUAUGAAAAAAAAUUGACACGCUGUAAACUGCACCCCGAACAGCGAGCAUACCGAAAACUGACGUCAGCAUUUGACGAAUUUCUAAUUAACAGAUCAAGGUCAACUUAAAAAUAACAAAUUUUCUGUUAAAAAGUGGUAUAAUGUACACAGAUAUAGUCAAUUAAUACAAAAAUUAAUAUAUAGUUUAGCUGAUCGUGAAAUUAAAAUUUACUUUCUAUUUCGAACGUUAUGCAACCAGUAUUACGAGUAUAUGAAUAAACAUUUUUCAAUUAAUGAUAUUUUUAGGUAAAAACAGCUUAUGUUACAGUGAGAUAUUCCAUUACAUGUAGUAGGUAAUAACAUUAAAAUAUUUAUUUUUAGCUUCAGGCAGUUGCAAAACUUUCAAAGGUUAUAAUUAGACCAAAAGUUUUUUUAAAUAUGUAUUUGAUACUUUCCCGAAAUUUUCAGGGACAUACCACAGAGAUUAAUAAAUAAAACCAUAUCAGUCAUUCAUUCUGUACUAUUUAUUUCUUACUAAUGAGUUAGUAUAAAGCCAAAAGUUGAUCUUGUAUACAGAGACGACUGACAGAAGAUAGGCCGGAGCCAGAGCUUGCUAUUGUCAGUGGCGGCGGGCUCGUUAGGGAAGGGAGUUCUUGAUGGGUCGAUACUUGAAUGGUUUCACCCGUUUCAGUAUCUCCCGACCCGCACUGCGAGCGACUAUUGCUCACUAUUAAAUAUUCUAAAUGAUAAGAAAGAGUUGUAUGUACUAUAUUUGAAAAACAUUCCAAUUAUUUAUUAACUACGUAUUGCGUAGGUAUUAUACUGUUUGGCGUUUUUAUUUAAAUAAAAAAGUAUUGAAACUA